CACUCCUAGAGUAAAUAAUAGGCAGAAAGGCUGUCUUAACCCAAAAAUGCUGUGCGUGAGCUCAAGUGAGGCUUCCAGAUUUGUAGAACAAACAGAUGUACAAAAUAUGCUACUUGGAGAUGCUGACGAAUAACUCUAAAUAUUUGACUUUAAGCUACUCUGCUAAAAGCUAGAAUGAAACAGUUGCCUGCAGCAACAGUUCGCCUCCUUUCAAGUUCUCAAAUAAUCACUUCAGUGGUCAGUGUUGUAAAAGAGCUCAUUGAAAACUCCUUGGAUGCUGGUGCCACAAGCAUAGAUGUUAAACUGGAGAACUAUGGAUUUGAUAAAAUUGAGGUGCGAGACAAUGGUGAGGGUAUCAAGGCUGUUGAUGCACCUGUAAUGGCAAUGAAGUACUACACCUCAAAAAUAAAUAGUCAUGAAGACCUUGAAAAUUUGACAACUUAUGGUUUUCGUGGAGAAGCCUUGGGGUCAAUUUGUUGUGUAGCCGAGGUUUUAAUUACAACAAGGACAGCUUCUGAUAACUUUAGCACCCAGUAUGUUUUAGAUGGCAGUGGCCACAUAAUUUCUCAAAAACCUUCACAUCUUGGUCAAGGUACAACUGUAACUGCUUUAAAAUUGUUUAAGAAUCUACCUGUAAGAAAGCAAUUUUACUCAACUGCUAAAAAAUGUAAAGAUGAAAUUAAAAAGGUCCAAGAUCUCCUCAUAAGCUAUGGUGUACUUAAACCUGAAGUAAGGCUUGUUUUUAUACACAACAAGGCAAUUAUUUGGCAGAAAACUAGAGUAUCAGAUCAUAAAAUGGCUCUCAUGUCUGUUCUGGGGACUGCUGUUAUGGGGAAUAUGGAAGCCUUUCAGUACCACUCUGAAGAAUCUCAGAUUUAUCUAAGUGGAUUUCUUCCAAAACAUAAUGCAGACCACUCUGUCACAAGUCUUUCAACCCCAGAAAGGAGUUUCAUCUUUAUAAACAGUCGACCAGUACACCAAAAGGACAUAUUAAAGCUUAUCCGACAUUAUUACAAUCUGAAAUGCCUAAAGGAAACUACUCGAUUGUAUCCCAUUUUCUUUCUGAAAAUUGAUGUUCCUACAGUUGAUGUGGAUGUGAAUUUAACACCAGAUAAAAGUCAAGUAUUAUUACAGAAUAAGGAGUCUGUUUUAAUUGCUCUUGAAAAUCUGAUGAUGACUUGUUAUGGAUCACUACCUAGUACAAAUUCUUAUGAAAGUGAUAAAACAGAUGUUUCCUCAGCUGACACGGUUGUUAAUAAAGCAACAGAAACAGAUGUGCUUUAUGGAACAUGUGGAAAUAAUUAUCCAAAUGUUGAUACUUCAGCCAUUCUUUUCCAAAAUGAUGUGCAUGAUGAUAAAUCUGGGAACAACACUGAUUUUUGUGUAGAUCCUCAGAUACAUGUUGGUGACCAUUUUGGUGAUCAUUUUAAUAGUGAAAAUUCUAGCAUUGAUAAGAACACUUAUCAGGAGAUCCCAAUGAAUAAUUUACCAUAUGAAAACACCCAGGAAUAUAGUGAAACUCGUCUUGUGGAUUCUGUUGAGCAUGCCCAAUCAGAAAAUGCCAAUAAAGAUCAUAUAGAGGAAAAUGAGGAAGAAGCAGUCCUUGAGAAGUCUUUGGAAAUUUGUGCAGAUGACUGGAGUAAGGGAAGUGUACUUAAAAAUUCAAGAGGAGAAAACAUUGAACCUGUGAAAAUUUUAAUGCCUCAAGAAAGUUCAGCAUGUAAAGUAAGCAAUAAUAAUAAUUCAAGUCCUGAGCAAAAGAAUCUCAGUGAAAGUUUCUGUGACAAAAAAUCAAAUGUGAUAGAUAACAAAUCUGGACAGCUUACAGCUUAUGAUUUAAUUAGCAAUCGAGUAAUCAAGAAACCCAUGUCAGCAAGAGCCCUUUUUGUUCAAGAUCAUCGUGCUCAGUUUCUCACAGAAAAUUCCAAGACUAGUUUGGAAGAUGCUACAGCACAAAUUGAAGAACUGUGGAAGACACUGAGUGAAGAGGAAAAAGUAAAAUAUGAAGAGAAGGCUACUAAAGACUUGGAACGAUACAAUAGGCAAAUCAAGAAAGCCAUUGAACAGGAGUCACAAAUAUCAUUAAAAGAUGGGAAAAAAAAGAUAAAACCCACCAGCGCAUGGAAUUUGGCACAGAGGCACAAGUUGAAAACUUCAUUAUCUAAUCAGCCAAAACUUGAUGAGCUCUUUCAGUCCCAAUUUGAAAAAAAGAACCAAAACAUUAAAAUAGUUCAGAUCCCCUUCUCUAUGGAAAACUUAAAAAAGAAUUUUGAUAAACAUAACAAAUUUGACUUAGAAGAAAAGGAUGAACUCUGCUUGAUCCAUAGUCUCAAGUUUCCUGAUGCAUGGCUAAUUACAUCCAAAACAGAGAUAAUGUUAUUAAAUCCAUAUAGAGUGGAAGAAGCUCUGCUGUUUAAAAGACUUCUUGAGAAUCAUAAACUUCCUGCAGAACCACUGGAAAAGCCAAUUAUAUUAACAGAGAGUCUUUUUAAUGGAUCUCAUUAUUUAGAGAUUUUAUAUAAAAUGACAACAGAUGACCCAAGAUACAGUGGAUCAACUUAUCUGUCUGAUCCUCGUCUUACUGCAAAUGGUUUCAAGAUAAAAUUGAUACCAGGAGCUUCCAUGGCUGAAAACUAUUUGGAAAUAGAAGGAAUGGCUAAUUGUCUUCCAUUCUAUGGAGUAACGGAUUUAAAAGAAAUUCUUAAUGCUAUAUUAAAUAAAAAUGCAAAGGAAGUUUAUGAAUGUAGACCUCGUAAAGUGAUGAGUUACUUAGAGGGAGAAGCGGUACGUCUAUCUAGACAGUUACCCAUGUACUUAUCAAAAGAAGACAUCCAAGACAUUAUCUACAGAAUGAAGAACCAGUUUGGAAAUGAAAUUAAAGGGUGUGUUCAUGGUCGCCCCUUUUUUCAUCAUUUAACUAGUCUUGCUGAAGCUACAUGAUUAAAUAUGUUUAAGACAAUUUGUUUUUGUUGACAUCGAUAUGGUUGUAAAAUUAUGAGUCAGUUUUCAAACCAUCUUUGUACUGUCAUGCGUUAAAUUGUUUUAUAAGUGAGGAUUCACUGGCCUGUUUGUAUAUUGAAAAAAAUUUCCAAAACUGUAGAAAACUUAAAUAAACUAAUAUAGACUAUUAAUUCA